UGCACAAUAGAGCAGCACCUUCGCGCACAGCUUGAGCUUUUGAAGAGCCCAGAAUCAGAUCUUUCCGGGUCGCCCGGCUCGAGACCGCGGGACCAGAGGACUGGUCACACCUCUCCCACUGCUGCACAAAUCGCGAAUGGAUACGACGAGCUUGCGGCUGCCUCCCACGACGCUGCUCGAGCUUUAAACGCAAAGACUGACGGUACCGACGCGUUUAUUCAUCCCGAUCUGCGCACAGGUCCUAUUUCCCAACACAACCACAAUAUGAUGCCCAUUGUGCCCUCACCGGGGCCUGUUGGUGGCCCUCCUCCCGGGGCCCCCAACUCCUCGCUUGCACCUGCGCCCCAACCUCUGCAGCUGGCCCCAGCACCAGGGGAAGAAUCUCCUAACGAUGGUCGCAAAGCAAAGCGGGCGUUGUCCCAGUCGAAGCGUGCCGCGCAAAACAGAGCCGCUCAGAGGGCUUUUCGUCAGCGCAAAGAAAGCUACAUCAAGCAACUUGAACAGGAAGUGCGAGAUUACCGCGACAUGGAGAAGUCAUACAAGGCUACCCAAUCAGAGAACUAUGCCCUACGGGAAUAUGUUCUUACCUUACAAUCUAGACUAAUUGAUGCCGUUGGAGAGUUCCCGCAGCCUCCACCAAACAUCAAUUUAGCUCACCAUGCUGUGGCGCCAGAGCCACAGAUGGGUACUCAUGAGCCCGGACCCAGCCACCUGAACGCCGGAACGCCCUUAGAAGCGGUUGCCCAGGCUGUUGCUGGACUGGCCGCUCAGGAGCAAAUGGGAGAGCGGCCCUACUCCAACCCUCACAUGAAACCUGAACCUAGCACUCAUGAUAACCGAACAGCCGAAGAAAUAAAUAGACACCUCCAGGCUGGGGAUGGCGGCCCUGACCACGCUCUCUAG